AUGGCACCAUUUAAAGCAUUGUACGAAAGGAAGUGUAGAACCCCAUUAAGUUGGUUUGAUGAAGGAGAUAAGCUAGUACUAGGACCCGACGUAGUGCAGGAUAUGUCGGAAAAGGUGAAAGGAAUUAGGGAGAAGCUUAAGAUAGCACAAGAUAGGCAGAAAGCUUACUAUGACCGUAGGAGAAAGCCUUUAGAGUUUGAAGAGGGAGACCAUGUUUUCCUCAGAGCUAACCAAAUUAUAGGGAUAGGAAGGUCAAUUAAGUCGAAAAAGAUUACACCAAAAUAUUUAGGACCUUACCAAAUCCUUAGGAAAGUAGGAACAUCAGCCUACCAGGUGGCGUUACCGCCAUCUUUGUCAAACUUGCACGAUGUGUUUCAUGUUUCCCAAACAAAGAAAUACAUUCCCUACCCUUCUCAAGUGAUAAGACCUGAACAUAUACAACUCAAGGAGAACUUAACAUACACGGCCGAACCUAAAAAGAUAUUGGAUAGAAGGAUGAAACAACUUAGGAAAAAGGAAAUCUCAUUAGUGAAAGUUGCUUGGAGUGAGGGGGAAAAUGAGGAAGCUACUUGGGAAUUAGAGGAGGAUAUGAGAAGGACAAACCCUCAACUGUUUAGUAUCUUAGGAUGUGAAUUUCGAGGACGAAAUUCUCAAAAAGGAGGGGAGAGUGUAACAUCCCACCAACCAGGGAUCCAGGAGCAGGACACAUCGGUUUCCAGUGACACUCUCGAUGGUGUUCUCAUUCUUCCUGCCGACCCACGCUGA